AUGACUGUACUGGACACCCGCGGUCUAUACCCGGAAAUCCCUCCGAAUGCUCGAACGAAGGCCGACGAUAAUCCAACGCUCUUGGUGAGCUGGUGGGCCACCGGUUUCUCCCUGGCCAUCAUUGUGGUUCGAGUCUGUGGUCGCUAUGUCCGUAUUGAGCGCUUCUUUCGGGAGGAUAAGGUGAUGAUGCUUGCCAUUAUCCCCCUGUUGAUCCGCAUGGCCCUUGUGCAUGUUAUUCUCAUCUGGGGAACCAAUAAUACGAAGACAGGGGGGUUGACGGCAGAGGAGAUUCAACAUCGGAUCGUUGGAAGCAAGUUGGUUCUGGUCUCUCGAAUUUGCUAUGCUAUCUUCAUCUGGACUGCCAAAUUUACCGUAUGUGAAUUUCUCAAGCGGGUUUCGGAGAUGAUAUGGCGCCGGUCUCUCCGGAUAUUUCUCCAGUUUAUCUAUUAUUUCUUGGGAUCGACUCUGAUUGCCGUGGUCCUCGCAACCCUGACUGAAUGCCAGCCUUUCAGCCACUACUGGCAGGUGGUUCCGGACCCUGGCCCUCAGUGUCGCUCUGGCUAUGCGAACCUGAUUACAAUGGGAGUAUGCGACGUGAUUACGGAUCUUCUUCUUGUGGCCUUUCCUAUCCCUCUGAUUAUGAUGACUCACAUGUCUGCGAAACGCAAAGCCUCGCUCGUUAUUCUUUUCGCCUUAUCCUUGAUUCUCGUCGGCAUUACUUGCUACCGCGUACCCUCCGUGAUUAGCCACAAAGGAUCCCAGCAAUACCGAUCUCUUCUGGCAUCUCUAGAGAUCCUCGCUGCCACGGCGGUUUCUAAUGCCAUAGUCAUUGGGUCCUUUGUGCGAGACAAAGGCGUCAAGAAAGCCAAGUUCAAAAAGGCCUUAGGAUCUGCCUCCGUCAGCGAGAGCAUGGAUCACAGCUCGGUUCGUCGUACAACUAUCACACACCACCACUGGGGCAGUGACUCCGACUUGGCAGGCGAUCUGGGCAUCCGUCUGCACCCUGAGCUGGUUUCUUCUGACCACAAGCUGCCUCGGCCAGCCCCCGUGGUUGCCCCCUGCGAGCCUUUUACAGCCCGUACGGGUACACUGGACCCAAACUGGUCUUUCAACCGCCAUACAUCUGCUAUCGAGGACGAUCGAUCUUCUACGACGGGCAGUCUUGACAUCAAAGUGAGUCCACACGAGUAUCUUCCAACCAAUCAAACGUUGCGCAAAGCGUCGGGCGACUCCGUCCCGAGCUCACCCGGCCGAGUCUCUAUGUUCGACGUCGGCGGUCUCCUGGAUCCAUCGCCGGGGAGCAGUCCCCCUCCAACAUCACAUAUGCAGUACCGAAUGCCUCCUCCCGGGCAAACGACGCAUACACGCAGUGGAAGCACAACAUUCCUUCAAGACGUUGGCGGUCUACUCUCCACUCCGACCUUAAGGGCUGCUCCGAACGCGUCCCCGAACUUUUCACGACCUGGCGGUCUUCGUAGUAACUCGUAUGGCCGCCGACGAGGGUCCAGCGUGCAUUUCAGUGAUACGCCGGAGUCACCGGCUCCACCGUAUCGAUCCCAAUCCGAUGUAACUGCCCCAAUUCCUGAAGGAAGUGAUGAUGUCGAACUUCAGGAUGUUGGGGGAUUACUAUCAAAACAUUCAUGA